AUGGAUUCACCACAAUCAAGGCUGGCAGCCAACUUCCUGCCAUAUCUGUUAACCACGGCCGCCUCCCCAUCGAACGCCGCCACAUCAAUCCAUCAACUCUUUGCCAGUCCCUCGAACUCUACUCUUCACAUACCCGACGGAAAAAACGAGGAGGACAUGCACCAGUGGUCUUCCCUGAUCGGUAUUAUCACUGCACUGUGUGGUAACGUGCUAAUCUCCCUGGCACUCAACAUCCAACGCUACGCGCAUAUCCGAAUCGCAAGAGAGUUCGAGCAGGACAAAGGCCGAAUUGCGGAAAAUGGAAACAACGAUGCGGAUAACCAGCGGAGAGGAAGAUCCCCUGGACAGUACCGAGACUCAGAGGACGAGUUCGAGCCUUAUCGUGACGACGACCACGCCGGCGGUCGAAACAGUGCCUCAAGCUCGCGCGGAAGCGAAUACAGCUUCGAGGGCAAGGAUGGGACUGAUGGACGCAAGUCUUAUCUCAGAUCUCCGUACUGGUGGGUCGGGAUCGUACUCAUGGUUGUGGGGGAACUGGGCAACUUUCUGGCCUACGGCUUUGCUCCCGCCUCGAUCGUCUCACCAUUGGGCGUUGUUGCUUUAAUAUCGAACUGUAUUAUCGCGCCCUGUCUGCUCAAGGAACAGUUCCGCAAGCGCGACCUCUGGGGCGUGCUUGUUUCUGUCGCGGGGGCUGUCGUCGUGGUUCUCAGCGCCAAGUCAUCCGAAGAGCAAAUAGGACCCCAUGAGAUUUGGGUCAUGAUCACACGCUGGGAGUUCGAGCUUUAUCUCGGUUUGACGAUCUCAUUGAUUGUCGGUCUCAUGUGGGCGAGUCAUCAGUACGGCUCACGAUCAAUCUUGAUCGACGUCGGACUUGUGGCCUUGUUUGGCGGCUAUACGGCACUUUCCACGAAGGGGGUCUCGUCUCUCUUGUCCGGCACUCUCUGGCAUGUAAUCACCUUUCCGGUGACAUACUUGCUUGUUUUUGUCCUUGUCUUCAGUGCUCUGAUGCAGAUUCGGUACAUUAAUCGGGCCCUGCAACGCUUCGAUUCAACCCAGGUGAUCCCAACGCAGUUUGUACUCUUCACUCUUGCUGUGAUCAUUGGAAGUGCGGUGCUAUACCGUGACUUUGAAUCAAUAACGGCUGAGCGUGCCACGAAGUUUAUCGGCGGGUGUCUCUUGACCUUUUCCGGGGUCUACUUCAUCACAAGUGGCAGAGUCCGAGGCGAUGAUGAGUCUUCAUUCUCUUCGGAUGACGAAGAAGGAUUGAUUGGAUUGUCAAACGGUGAAAGGUACCGUGAUAGGAUUGACCUAUCGCCGCCUGGUCCUCAAAUACCGAAAGGUUCACACAUCUCCCCGGACGCCCAUGUCGAUACAGCUCGAUCUCCACCGGGCUCUUUAUUGAGCCAAGGCAUUGAAGGCGUGGAUGAGGAUCAUUCAACUCCCCGAGGUGUACUUUCCGUCGCCCAUUCUUCGCCUCGUGGAUCUUUGACCGCCGAGUCUCAUGCAUCUGGUCCUUCGUUUGACUUUACUUCUCCAUUGCGGCCUCCGUCUCGCAUGUCAAACCCGUGGGCAGAAAUUCAUCCACAGGAUGGUCCGCCUCCCCAAUUUAACGAUCAAAUCUUCCGCCCUUCCACCCCAACAGAGCACAGUGACACCACCCAGUCAACUGUUCUUUUACGCUUCCCGCCUCCCCCUGGCAUCGACCAAACGCCAGGAUCUAACGGCGACGCCGGGAAUGUGCGACGAGCUUCAACUCCCACAUUAUUGACACAAGCCAAUCAGAACGGGCUGGCGGAUGUUGUCCUCGAAACGCCAUCGCGACGGGCACUUCGCAACUCCAUCUCACAUCGUUUCUCUCCGGGUCCUCUUCUCCCCACGCUAUCCGGUGGUUUCACUGCCGUGGUAGCCGAGUCUAUCCGUCGCGGUGAAGGCAGUCCUUUAAAAGACCGCUCUCGGCGCAGACUAGGACGUCGCCGUCAAGUCGAUGGCGUCUUUGUUGAGCCUAACCCUGCAGACGGCAAUAACCCUGAAACGCCGCUCUCACUCGCUACCGCUCGUCUCCAGUCUGCCACCGACUCGUCCGAUGUUCAUGCGGAAGCUGGUCGCUCGACACCGGGUCUAGCCACUGAAGUUUACACAUCACCAGGUAGUCAAGCGAACGAAGAUGUGACCCGUCUUCGUAGCUUCAGUGACUCUUGGAGUGGUGGUUUUGCAUGGUUGGGUGGUGCUCUCCGCAAAUCGCAGAACCAACCCGAGAGUGCCGCUGUAACAGCAACACCGACACCAGAACACGAGACACCACCUGGUCCAAGUGACUCUCCACUUGGCCCAUCGGACACCGGGCGAUAA